GAGAGGGUAGACGAAUCGAGCUCAUCCACAGCGUGUGUUUCCGUGCUGAAAACGUUUCAAGGCGAGGCGACCGCUGAACGCUGAGGACCGCAGUGAACGUAGUUUUUUAGCCCCAGCAGAUCCAGGGAGAGGAACCUGUUUGUUUUUCCCGCUGCAGGUGAAAGACAAUGGAGGUGAAAGGCAAACAGCAGGACGAAGACAUCUCAUUCAGCAACACUGACACUAAUGGUAAGCGCCCAGCUGAGGACAUGGAUGAGGAGCAGGCCUUCAAACGUUCACGCAACACAGAUGAGAUGGUGGAGCUGCGAGUGCUGCUUCAGAGCAAAAAUGCCGGUGCUGUUAUUGGAAAGGGUGGCAAGAACAUAAAAGCCCUGCGCACAGAUUACAAUGCCAGUGUAUCAGUCCCAGACAGCAGUGGCCCAGAGCGGAUCCUGAGUGUGAAUGCCAGUAUCGACACUAUUGGAGAGAUUCUGUUGAAAAUCAUACCGACUCUUGAAGAGUACCAACAUUACAGUGGGAUUGAUUUUGACUGUGAGCUUCGGCUGCUGAUCCAUCAGAGCUUGGCAGGGGGCAUCAUCGGAGUGAAAGGUGCCAAGAUAAAGGAGCUAAGAGAGAACACCCAGACCACCAUCAAGUUGUUCCAGGAGUGCUGUCCACACUCGACAGACAGAGUCGUCUUAGUUGGAGGAAAGCCAGAGCGCGUCGUUGAAUGUAUAAAAGUUAUAUUGGAGCUGGUGUCAGAGGCACCGAUCAAAGGUCGCGCCCAGCCUUAUGACCCUAACUUCUAUGAUGAGACGUACGACUACGGUGGCUUUACUAUGUUAUUUGAAGAGAGGGGCAGACGACCCAUCGGUGGCUUCCCCAUUCGUGUUCGUGGUGGUUUUGAGCGCAUGCCUCCCGUUCGUGGCAGCAGGCCCAUGCCUCCCUCCAGAAGGGAUUAUGAUGACAUGAGUCCCAGACGAGGGCCUCCGCCACCACUGAGCAGAGGACGAGGGGGAAGUCGUGCUCGCAAUCUGCCUCUGCCCCCGCCACCACCACCAAGAGGAGGAGGUGACAGGUUUUCACAUGGCAGCUAUCAUGGUAGCAUGGAUGACAGACCAAGUGACAGAAGAGGCAGAGGAGACCGUUAUGACAGCAUGAGUGGAGGUGGAUAUGACAACAGUUCUUCCUGGGAUCACUUUCAGUCUGGUGGCAGAGGCUCGUACAGUGAUAUCGGAGGUCCAGUCAUCACUACACAAGUCACCAUCCCAAAAGAUCUGGCAGGCUCCAUCAUUGGUAAAGGCGGUCAGAGGAUCAAGCAGAUCCGCCAUGAGUCUGGGGCAUCCAUCAAGAUUGAUGAACCACUAGAGGGCUCUGAGGACCGCAUCAUCACCAUCACAGGGACACAGGACCAGAUCCAGAAUGCCCAGUACUUGCUGCAGAACAGCGUGAGGCAGUACUCAGGUCGGUUCUUCUAGGAAGAAAAGAGAAGAAGCAGAAGAGUGAAGCCAUGCUGCCAUACUGUUUGUUCCUGCUAUUCAGAGCCUACAUUCCUCUGCUUUGGGUAGACAUGCCCCUUCCACAGAAACACACACACACACACACACACACUACACCGCCUAGCUGUGUUGCAGUUUUUAUUUUGACAAAUCUUAAGCUGUCAAACAGCAGUCAACAAGUUUUUCUGUGCUGGUGUGAUUAUUUUUAAGAGAUUCUUGUGCCGUCACUGGAGUAAACCCAUCUGUGUGAUGACUUUCGAUGUUGUGAGAGCCAACCUCUGGCCCUUAUUUCUUUGAUUUCAGUACAGCAUGCAGAAUGUAAUAGUUUUGUUUGAAUCAUUAUGUUUGUUUGAUUUAUUUUUUUUUCUUUCCCUUAAAGUUUUAAGCACACUUUCCAAAUGAAGAUGCAUGGUGUUGGAAUGGUUCAAAGCCUUUUGAAUAAACUUCAGUUUUUACACGACCUCCAACACCUUUUUUCUCACUGUUAAAUGAAGUAAUGAAGUGCUUUCUUUCUUUUUCUUUUUUGAAUGAUGGGGUUCAGUGAGAUUGUUUGGGAAAUGAAUUUAUUUAUGUCUAUUACGCUAAAGUAGAAAGCAGAGAAGAAUUGAGAUGCCAGCCUCAUGUCUGGAGGGUCAGUAUGAAGCUAGCACCACAGCCUGUUGGCUUACUCUAGCACAAAAGUGAAUGCAUGCAGCAGAAAUUCCACCCAUCAGUCCACAGAUGAACAUGCUGUAUCUUGUUGUUGUUUAUUUUGUGCAGAAAGAAGCUAAAAUGUACUUUUGGCCUUCCUCUCAGCACAAAUAAUAUCUGCUUGUAACCCAUCGGUGCCUAUUUCAGAAACCUUUCAGUUUAUAAUUCUCUCAAACUUUUUUUUUUUUUUUUUUUUACGGAUCAAACAGAAGAUUUGUGAAAAUUGUGAACUUUUGAGGUGUUUGUACUGUGGGUGUACUUUCUAAUCCGUGAUGGUGCUAGCUUCAUAUUUUAACAGGCAUCACAGGCAGGAAAUAAAUAAACCUAUUUCCCCCAAUUUUUUUUUUUUUUUUUAAAGUCGGGAUACUUGUGCCAGUGCGGUAUGCAUAAAGAAAGUUUUAAGAUUUUUUCUUGUGUGUGUAAUUGUCUUUCUUUGAAAGGCAAAAAGCUGUAUAAAGUGUGUAUAUAUUUACAUAAAAAAGCAGUAAUUUUAUGAGUGUUUAGAACGGCCCAGAUUACUUAAUACUUUCUUGCAAGAAGAUGGGGCCAAAAAACAACAAGAACAACAAAAAAAGACAGAUUUGGUAAUCUUUAGUUGUCUUUCCAUUAUUUCUUUUCUACCACUCACAGGGAUGGACUCGCUGAAAUCUUUCAACCUUAAGAGCUGAUCAGUUGGAUCCAUUUUAUUCUUGCAUUUUUUUUAUUAUUAUUUUAAUUUUUGGAGAAGGAUUUUUAGAGUUCUGUGAAUUGAUUUCUUAAGAUACUUUUUUUUCUCUUUUCUUUGCAGUUUGAUGUCAAGAGAUUUGUGAGUCCAGGAGUGGUGAUUUUUCUGUGUAGUACUUGCAGGUGUUUAGUAAAUAAAGUCUGUGUCAC